AUGCCGCCGAAUUCAAUAUCGAACCGGCCUAGUCCAUCGGGAGUCCGCAAGCGCAGUACAUACACGUCUGUGGCCUGGACGACGCGAUUUCGAAACACCACCCGACAAGAAGCGUGGCCUCGAACCUUGGCCUCGGCCUCGGUCUCGGCCGGGGCCGGGGCCGCACCGACGUCAAACGUGCUGGCCAGCGGCGCGGCAGAAGAUGCGACAUCGGCAGCGGCCGCAUCAGCAGCGGCGUUCCCGUUGCGGAAUAACGGCAGCGUACAUAGGGGCUCGCGCCUCCUGGGGUGGUCCAACCCAGGCAGCUUCGACUACCUCAUACGACUAGCCGAGAGCCGGCUGGCGGCCGAGAGUCCCGAGCAGAGCGCCCGACCGCGGCCGAACACCCGUCAGACGGUCCCGAUAUGGCCGGAGCAGCUGCGCGAGCUGGCCUCCCGUCGACGGUCGGGCGGCAGCGUGCUCGACGUGCUGGACAUGAAGACGUGGACGGGCAUACUGGAGACGUACCACGACGAGCUGGGGAUGCAGUACCCGUUCCUCGACACUGAGGAGCUGGUGGGGAAGAUCCAGGCCAUGAGGGCGGGCAGGACGCAGGGCGCGGUCGACUACAGCCGCGCGGCCGACGUGGCCUGCGUGGUCGUGGGGCUCGUGUCGUGCAUGGUGUCUGCCGGGUCGGCCGACGCCGCCAACCCGCUCGUGCACGACGUCUUCGGCGCCGCCAUGGUGCGCGUGCACACCGAGCAUGUUCACACCGACGACCUGGCCAUGCUCAUCCUCACGAGCCUCUUCUUCUUCCUCAGCGACCGCGAGGUCGAGGCCUGGCGCUGCAUCGGCACCGUCAUGCGCCUCGUCCACGAGCUGUGCCAGUACGGCUCCGACGACCAGCGCGUGUCCGACGCCCUGUACUGGUCCGUCUACACGCUCGAGAGGCGGUGGAGCUUCGGCACCGGCCUGCCGUUUGCCGUGCCCGACGCUGACGUCGAAACCGUGCGCCAGCUCUCGCCGCAGGACGACGCGUCGGACCUCGUGUCUGGCUACCUCAGGCAGAUGGUCACAUACUGCGCCAUCUCGUCCGAGGUGCGCCGCAAAUUCCUCGACCUGCCCUCUGCACCGGCACCGACAUCGGCGUCGGCCUCCCACCCACCAAACAACAACCACGACUCGGUGCGCGACUGGUGCCAUUUUCGCAUCGUCCAGUGGCAGAACAACCUGCCCCGGCACCUGCGCUUCCGCGGCCCCGACGAGGACAAGUACGACAGCACCCUUGAGGGCCGAGGCGAGUACAAGCUCCGCCUGAUGCUGUACCUCCGCGCCAACCAGAUGCGCACGAUAAUUCUGCGAAAGUCGGCCAUCAUGUCCGCCGCCCCGCCCAUCGUCGUAGACGAGGGUUCCACAACACACACCAUGCUCGAGGCAGCGCGGGACUCGAUCCGCCUGCUCUCGCACAUCACCAAGAAGCUACACGACAAGCUCAAGGUUAUCCAGAAGUUCGUCGACAGCCUCAAGCCGUCGCAGCAGCAGCAGCAGCAAUCCGCAGAGGAGAUGCUGCCUCCAGCACCGUUGCCACAGACGCCAACCGACGGCAUCAGCAAUGCCCCCGCCCUGCAGAAUCUGCUGUGCCCUGGGCCGGAACCGCCGAACAAUAAUGUCGACCCCGACAGUCGCGAGCAGCAGGCUGGUCCUGCCCUGGCCCCGGGACCGCUGUAUGCGGGGCUCGAACCGCCCGCCGGUGCACAGACGGCCAACAUGUCGUCCUUUUGGGUGCCACACGGUACCCCUGAUGACUUUCGAUUCAUGGACGACGGGGGAGUGGCUACUGAGCUGCAUAUGCUGUCGGACCUGGACGAGUCGCGAUUGCGAGAGCUCAAUGAUAUCCUCAUGGAUUAUGAAAACUUUAAAUUCUAG